ACAUGUAGGUCGCACAUCUUUCUCACAGGUCUUAUCUGUUUUUGGUCCUCACAGUGAGUCUCGUUUAUCUGUUUCUGAACUCUCCCCUUUAUAUGCUUUACUGAUAAGACACAAGCAAACAGACACUGGGCCAAAUUUCAGUGGAGUGGACCAUCACAGUUUUUCAACCCAAAAACAAGAGCGUUAGAUGGUGAACAUCUGUAGAGAGGAUCAAGAAGACAAAAACAAAAGCUGCAGACAACUGAGGAAGGAGGAAGGAGGAAGGAAAGGGAUCGAGUUUACACAUGGGACACCUGUAACCAAGAGAAACUGAGCUGAAUCAACCGCUUCCAAAGACCUUACAGAGCCGGAUCAGAACCAUGAAGCUCACUGGGACCAACCUGAAACUGGAGUGCACUCCCUGCAGCACAGACACUGAUCAUUUCAACAACAUGAUGGUGAUACCACUGCAGACAAAUACAGCAGAUUCACCAGCAUCAGCACCAUCACAGCCUGAUGGAGGCAGGGCUCAGUGUUCCAUAUGUGCAGACAGGGCCACAGGUAAACAUUAUGGUGCAUCCAGCUGUGACGGCUGCAAGGGCUUCUUCAGGAGGAGCAUCCGCAACCACCACACUUACAACUGCAGGUUCAACAGGAAAUGUACCGUGGACAAAGACAAAAGGAACCAGUGUCGUUACUGCAGACUACAGAAGUGUUUCAAGGCUGGGAUGAGAAAGGAAGCUGUUCAGAAUGAGAGAGACUGCAUCAACAGUCACAGAGCCAAGGGACAGACAGUGGGCUCUCUGUCCAUCAGUGUGCUCCUGCGGGCAGAGGCCAGCGCGCAACAGUUCCCAGCGCUGCUCUCACCUCAGAGUCACGACAUCAGCACCAAGAAGACGGCCGGCGUGGGAGACGUGUUUCAGUCCAUGAAGCAGCAACUCCUCCUGCUGGUGGAGUGGGCAAAACACAUCCCUGAGUUUUGUAGCCUCCCAUUAGAUGACAGGGUGACCCUGCUUCGAACCCACUCUGCAGAGCAUCUUAUUCUAGGAGCAGCAAGACGUUCUCUACCUUACAACGAUCUCAUUCUUCUAGGCAACGACUUUGUGAUCCCCCUGAGAGGUGCACAGAUAGAGGUGUCCAGAGUGGCCUUCAGAAUCCAGGAGGAGCUGGUCAAACCUCUCAGAGAGCUGGACAUCACAGACAAAGAGUUUGCCUGCCUGAAAACCAUUGUCUUCUUUGCCCCAGACUGUCCGGGUUUGGAGAGUCCUCAGCUGGUUCGACAUCUGCGUUUCCAGGCCCAGCUGCUGCUGGAGGAAGCCACCAGUGAGCAGCGGGGAAGGUUUGGGGAGCUCCUGCUGAUCCUGCCCUCCCUGCAGAGUGUAGCCUGGCAGAUGGUGGAGACUCUGCACUUAGCACAGCUGCUGGGCGAAGCCAGAAUGGACAGCCUGCUGCAGGAGAUGCUGCUGGGAGAGGGAGCCAAAACAGAACACGGAGCGUGUACAGGCGACGGCAAGACUCAAGACCAGCAAAGAUCUUCACCUCCAAACUUCACCUCCAUCAUCUCUCACGUUCCAACAUGUGAGCUCUCACAAAUCAACCUUCAACAGUUCUGAACAUGUAUCUGCUCAUAGCACAGCGUGGGUUUAUUUUUUAGACGUUUUUAUUCCACACAGUCAUCAAGCCUGUUUUCCAUCGAACAACAACUGCCUUCACCUCAGUGUUCAGUGGGCCUCACCUGACACUUGUUUUCAUGGAACUGAAAUUUAUUGAUGGCCACUGUACCCAUAUGUGCUAAAUGCCACUGCUGAUGUCAGCCAGUCUCACACAGCUCUUCCUGCUGCCCACACAGACUGGCACUGAGGUGCACAGACGUGAGCCCACGGCAUACCACAGAUACCUGUUCACACUGAGAAACACGUCAAGGAGCGACAACUUCACCAAGGAGCUGAGGGGGGUUAUGAGUUGUGGACAGAACACACACUAACAUAUACACGCCGCACACACACAUGAAAUCAUACAGACAGACAAAGAGCAGUCACCAGACUGAUGCUAUAAUCAUUCUUCACAUAUCAUGUAAAUCACUGGGUCAAUAACAUUCAGCACAGGACUGACACAUGCAAGCAGGUUAAGAUUCCACUAACUACACUAGGAACUACAUUUAAUUAACACAUUACACUGUGCUUGGUUUGCAUUUAAAGCUAAAGUGCAAGAACCAACAUGUGUCAGCAGAGGGCACAAAAAGCCUGUUCACCAAUAUAACGUGUUGGCCCCUGUGAGUCGAGAUUUUCUUUGUAAAUAAAAGUCUUGGCUCAUG